UGUUGCUGGAUUCCUGGCCUCGUCGAAUUUAUACGCAAACUUUCGCUAGUGUCUGAGAUGAUCGGGCGCGCGGGAAUGCAUAGCCGCAUCCGCGUUUUUGGGAGGGGCGGAUUGAGACACACAGGUUUAUGGGGCUGUUGGAGUCCAAAUGAAUCCAGAGGGAGUACUAGGCUCACUCGGUUUCCACACUGGGAGCCAACAUGCAUGCACCAGCCAGUAACGCCAAGACGUCUUUCUUCAGCGGCUUUUGUGCCAGUUGGCGCAACAGUCACAAAGCACGUUCCGUGGAUGCGUAGUGAAACAGGGGGGCAUCAUUUCCCUCUAGUGUUUAGGACCGAAGGAUUUGAGACACUGGGGAACUUUUCACAAGCGGUUGGAGGGAUUCA